GCCAGAAUGUGAUUUUCUCCAUAUAUUUCACUACUCUGUUCAUCUGUGUCUGCUGAAACAUAAAAUCCGCUUCAGAAAUACCUGAAGUAUCACAUCAACUCUACUCUGGGUUUUUCCUUUGUGUCGAGCGUUACCGUGUGCGUAUUAUGGCUCGAAACAUGCAGCCGAAUAACGGAGGUGGAGGUAGCAGUAGAUCAGGAGGCGGGGCUUCAUAUUCAACUUCUGGCGGGAGUGGAGUAGGCAGUACCGGCGGCACCAAAUCAGGCGUGUCGUCGGUCUGUGGAGGGGGGGCUCCUCCGGCAGCGGCGACGAUGGCCACGCAGCACCAAACGGCACCGGCCGCCGCCGGUUAUCAUCGAGCUGGCCAAUGGAACACCGUGAGUGCCGGACACCAGCAUCAGCCGCAUCCGGCUGCGGCAGCUGCCGCGGCUGCUGCAGCUGCAGCCGCAGCCGCGGCUGUCGUGCAGACGCCACCCACUUAUUACCAAAGGUAUACCCAACAAGCGCAGCAAAUUCCUCAACCGGCCACACAAGCUACCCCACCUGCAACCGUUGGUGUUGCGCAACCACCUCAGAACACAUACACCCCUACUAAUACGACCAACGCCAACUAUAGCAGUAAUUCGUACGCAAAUCAACAACAGCAACAGCAAAGGGUACCAACGGCCACAUCUCCAUCGAACGCGAGCAGUUCGAGCAGCCACACAGGCUGUGGGGGCGGCAGUGGUGGAGGCAUGCCCUCAGGGAUUAACGCAAACACGGGCGCAGGAGGUGGCCAGGGAGGGGGUAAUGCACCCCCUUCUAGCAACUCGUCCAGUGGAGGCGGCUCAGAGCAGUUGUCUAAGACCAACCUGUACAUCCGAGGGCUGAACCCGGGUACCACCGAUAAGGAUUUAGUGAAUAUGUGCCAACAAUUUGGCACAAUAAUCUCCACCAAAGCAAUUCUAGAUAAAAAUACGAAUAAAUGCAAAGGCUAUGGAUUUGUAGAUUUUGAAAGCCCGGCGGCAGCGGAAGGUGCAGUGAAGGCCCUAACUGCAAAAAACAUUCAGGCGCAAAUGGCGAAAGUGGGUAUUUGGUAUCACCAACGUAGACAAGCCACUCAACAGGAACAAGAUCCGACGAAUUUGUACAUAGCAAAUUUACCACCAAAUUUCAAGGAGGCUGAUUUAGAUAGUAUGCUAUCAAAAUAUGGGCAGGUGAUUUCCACGCGCAUCCUGCGCGACUCAUCUGGCGUGUCGAAAGGCGUCGGCUUCGCGCGCAUGGAAAGCAAAGAGAAAUGCGAAUAUAUCAUCCAGCAGUUCAACGGCAAAGCUUUGAACGGUUCCAAGGACCCUCUGUUGGUGAAAUUCGCUGACGGGGGCAACAAGAAAAAGAACCUUUAUAAGAGCAACGACAAUGCGAAGAUGUGGCGCGAGAGCAGUGAUGGGAUUGCUGCAGUGGCGUACGAUCCUGCUGCGUUGGCGCCCAAUGGGGUGGCAGGGCAGCCUAUGAUGCCAGCGUUGGCCAAUUACAGGACAUUCAGUCAGUUCCCGUCGUACCCAGGAACUCAGUGGCCUGUUCAAUACCUAAUGGCCCCUCCGAUUCAGCAAGUGGACGACAGCUACAACCUGUCUGGCCACAUGGCCGCCGCCCAAUAUAAGAGUGACGGACAAGCCACGAGGAGUAUUCCGCUUAUGAUGCCUUCUACAGAAGCUGCAGUGCCCUAUCACAGCAUGUUACCUCAGAUAACCACCCAAAUGGGUACGAUGCAGCUUAGCAGUUCGUACAUCUCGCCGCAGUACUCGUACUACCACCCUUCAAUCCUUCACGCAGUACCGGUGGAGUCCGAACACACGUCAAACGCGGCCAGUCCGGACGACCCCUACCAGCAGUACCAACCGCCGCCCAAGUAGUUCGGUACGACCUUUUUCAGUGCCAGUCAUCAUCCUCGGGUCAACAUUGGUCGAUGGUGAUUGCGCAGGGUCCGACCUUUGCUACUGGUCAACCUCACACUAACAUUGAUUAGUGAUGAUUGGGCAAGAUACUACUUUUGGUGCCACUCAUCAUCCUCAGAUUAACAUGUAUCGAUGAUAAUUGCUGCACUUUUGAUCUUUACGAUCUUCACACUAUCCUUGAUCGAUGAUGAUUGGGUAAGGUAGGAUCUUAGGUACCAUUCAUCAUAUACACACAGCAUCCUUGCGACCUGUUUGAAAGUUGCCGCACGGAUUUUAAGUUUUGUAGGUGUUAAGCUAUGUCGAUAUGUCGAUCCAAUGUAAGGUUUUAGAUGAGGCGAAAACCCCGUGGGACUGGGAGAAAUUUUCCAACUAAUUUUUUUUUCAUAAUACGUUUUUUGGGUGACCAUUAAUAUAAAUCAAAGAGUUGCCGGGCGGUAAUUUGGUGCUAAUUCCACUAAACAAUUUUUUCAAAAUCAUUAUUAAAUUGGUUAUUUGUAUUUUUCACACCAAACAAGGUUUGUUGUAUCAUUCUGAACAAACAAGGUCCUUGCCAAUUUUUUUCUGAAGCUGACCGUUUUCGAAUUAUGAAUGAUUGCGGGUCUGAAAAAUCAUAAAAUAUCCAAGAAAUUACUAUUUUUACGGUUGCCAAGUGUCUAAAUUGAAGUUCAAACCUUCACCCAUGAGAUCUGAGGAUUUUUUUCGCUUAGUUUAUUUUAAUCAUUAUAAUUCAAUGCCUUAAAAUAUACUCAGUCCAAAGUAUUCCUCGGGUCUUCUAUAUGACAAAAUUUGAACCUUAUUUUUGAUAGGUGGCAACCUUAAAAAUAUCAAUUUUUAACUGAUUUUCUAAGUACUGAAUGUGGCUAUUUUUAUGGGUUUUCAGCCUAUACAUCGUUUAUAAAUCGAAAAGGAUCAAGUUUUGAGAAAAUUUAUCAUGGAUGUUUUUAUUCAGGAUGAUCCAAAACACCUAAAACAUCCUGUAGCGAAAAAACAGUUUAUUUUCAAAUAGUUGUUUAAACAAAUUUACAGCGGGUUACAGCCCAGCAAUCUCUUGAUUCAUGUUAAGGAGCAUCCAACAAAAGUGAUAGUGAAAAAAACGAGGUGGAAAAUAACUCGCACAUAUGCGAAGUUUUCGCCUCGUCAAUUUUAAAAGGAGGUUCGAAAUUUUUCCAGGACAGCCGUAAAAAUUACGUGACAGGUAUCCUUUUCUACCAGUUUCAAAAAUGAAAUCUCCUGCUUUGAUUUUGAUGAAAUUGUUUUGAAACAAAAAGUGGAAAUUGAUCUAUACAUCGACAUUGCUUUUAACACUUGAAGAUUUGUGUUGUCUAGAGUAAAGACGCAUCAAAAUGCGCAUAUAGUUUGAUAGAUUAGAUUUAUAUAUGAAUUUAAGACUUAUCGGCAAUUUUUGAAAUGGGUAGAUUUAGACUCUAUUUUUGUUCUUGGUUGGUUACCAAAAAAUGUAACCCGAGUCUGUACGAUAGUUUUUUUGCUGCUGAUGAUUUUUGUUUUAUUUUUGUAAUACAUUUAUUGUUUUCUUGGAUAUAUUUUACAAUUUCUUAUUGUUAAAAACAAAAAAAGGACUGAAACUAUGUGUAAAGUAGAUAUUUUUGAUACAGUAUGUUCCUAGCAUGAAAACUGAAUUGUAUUGAAAAUAUGUCUUCUGACGACAUCUAUGUAAGAAAUGAAUCAGUUUUUCUUUGUCCGUGAUAGAAAACGGUGGAAAACGAACAUUUUUGCUGCAUUGUCAGAAUUUAAUGAUCUAAUGGGAAUUGUUUGAUGAAACAUCUUAUUUGAGUGAAAGUAAGUCAUAAACAAAGUUUCAGUGGUUUUCUGGAAAAUAAUCCACACACAUAUUAAAAUGCUAUCUAUCCCAGUUAGUCUGAAAAUGUGAUAUAGUAGAGUUUUUUAUAUCAAGCACUGGUGAUAACGCAUAUUACUUUACCAAAAAUGUAUAUUUUAGAGAUAGAAACCAGUCUUUAGGUACACAGUUGCAUAGAAAAUGGUCGGUAAAAAUCCUAAAUAUAAAUAUAUUUACAAAGCGUGCCAUAUAUAGUAAAGUUAUCAUAUAAGUGAUGCUUUACAAUUAAAUGAUUCCUCCGAAUAUUUAUAUUGCUGAAUGUAGUUUUUUCCAAGUUAUGCGAGAAAAAUAGAACAACACAAUAGCGGCAAAAAUAAACAUCAAAUCUACAGGGUAAAAAAGACUGCACCCAGUAAUACCGUAGAAGCCCACCUAAUUCAAAACCAGAGCGAUAUCUUAGAACGCAUGUGUGCCUUUUUAGUGCAAUAUAAUACUUACGAAGCCACAAAAAACAAAAAAUUGCCAAGUUUCUUGGAUUAACCAUAUUUGAUAAUGUGAGACAUUUAGGGCAAAUUAUUUUUAAAAUUGCUGACUGCCUGCAGUAAGUUAACUGUUAUUAUUGAUCAACAUAUUCUACCUGAAGAUAGCUAACUCAAUGCUAUUUCGAUAUCCAAAAUAUUAUCCGAGAUGGAAUGAGAUACCAUGUCGUCCUCUGGGAGAAUUUUUCACAACUAUGUUUCUCCUCAUGGCGCUGUAACCAACUAUAUAAGCAUAUAUUUGUAGUUGUACUUAUAAGUUAUAUCAAAACAGAGAGAGAGAGAGAGAGAAAGAGAGAGUUUAUAGUAGUUAUCAAAGAUCCAAAUUCCUGAAAAAUAUUUAUUAUACUUUUUAAUAUCAUAUUAUUUGAAAUGUCAAUGCAGCAAAACUGACCAAGAGUACAUCAUUUUGAAGCGACUGUAAUAUCUGUAAAUAUCCUCAAGACGCACUUUCUUACAUAGAUCAAAGAAAUACCAACAUACUUAGCAGGAAAAGGAACUAGUAUAGAGACCGUAGUUGAACAGGAUGUAAAAAGUGAAUGUGGAGAAGAACGACUUUCUACAUACAGUAUGUUACCUAUAACCCUGUGCAACUCAAUAUUCAUAGGGAGUAUAACAUCACGUCUCCAGUCUAGGUAUGCAAUAUCUAGCAAGUGUGCGUUUACAAUGUGAUGUUUGACUUGUAUAAUAUUAUGAGUAACAUGCUGUAUAUACAGCAGUAAAAACGUGUAUUGAUCUUCCCAAGCCGUUAAGGCAUAGAAUAGGUAAAUUAGUAUUUUAUUUUUUGACGAAGAUCUACAUAGAAAUAUAGGUAGUUGUUAAAAAAGCUACGCAAGAUUUGCGAUAAAACUGCUCAUUGUAAUCAAAUAACUUCUUCCUAAAAUAAAUGAACAUCUUUCAACUAAAACUUCCACUAUCAAAUUAUAUUAUUUUCUAUUUAUUUUUCGAUUAUUGCCGUGCUUAAUUUUUUCGAAUGUUUCACCCCUCAUACCAACAUUAUUUUCCGGAGACCUGAAGACUUCCAGUAUGUGAUAUUCUUUGUUUUUGUAGUUUCAUUGUCGUCUCAUAUCUUAUAGUUUUGGUCUUUCACGUUGGAUGUUUUCAUAAAGGACACUUUAUGACAUUGAGAUUUUGUAUAGAGUGCUUGCCAAAGUCGUUUUCCCUUUCAGAUUUCCGUAUCUACAAGAGAGAGGAGCGCGGCUGUAACUCCUGCCCCACUCUCAUUGUCAGGAAAUGCGGUGACGACGCUUAUAUGUCGUACUCUCUCUAACACGUUUCUCUCGCUUCUAUCUCUUGUGCACAUGGAAAUCUAAAAAGGAAAACGACUUUGGAAGGCUGUAUACCUAAUGUGUUUGACAGUAUUUUUGUGCCAAUCUGAAUAUAUAAUUUUUCUAUAUAUUAUAUAUUUUGAGAUCAACAAUGGGAUAGUCCUAUGUAUCUACAAUGAUAACAGAAAAAUAUAGCAAAAAUAACAUAUGACUAAAGUUUUAUGAAUGGUUAUAAAAGACAAAACUUUUGGUGUUUUUGAUGCUCGAUUUAAUAACUAAAACAUUACAAAAAUCUCAUGAUUCUCUCAAUAAAUUAUUUAUUAUAUUGUUUCAGAUCGCUGUUCGAUUCUUUGUUGUUGCUAUAGGAUGAAAAAAAUCAUGAAUUGGAAAUCUUACCCGGUACAAGGUUAAAGCUUUACACUAUUUAUAUAUGUAUUCACAAAUUCAGAAUUGGUCUGCUUGGUGAAACAUCUUUUGCGAAAUAAUAUAUUCGGAAAUGAUUUAUACUAAAAUCCUUACUUAUAACGCGACAUUCCAAUGUCCUAAUGUACAUUAAUUUUUCUUUCAUUUAACUUAUUUAAAGAUGGAUUUCGUAUUAAAAUGUCUCCCUAUUGACUCUGUACAUUGGCCACUUGAAGUGCUAGUGUCACUCUUCUGUAUGUAGGAAAUACAACGUCACAGUAACAAGUGAAAAAAUAAAAGUGUCGGUCAAAUGUUGUCAAUUUUAAUGGGUAUUUAUACACUAAGUUACUUGACACCUAUUUAGCUUUCUGCAAUAUUUGAUCAAUGUAUUCUACCUGACAAUAGCCAACCAUAUACAGUAUUUUAGUGUCCGAAAAAGUAGCUGAAGACAAAAAGGAAAUCAGCAUCUAGUAUGAAAAAAGUUAGGGGUCAAUUCUGCUACUAUCUUAUAUAUGGCGCUAAGAUUUUCAAUUCCUUUUGGCGUGAAAAAAAAAAUAAAAAUCCUAGUACUAUCUAAGUGACAAUAUAAAGAACCAAACACUCUUAACUCCUUUCAAAGUUAAUUUCUCAAAUAAUUUUUGUGUUCUGCUACUGAUUCAUAAAUGGCGCUAGAUCCUUUCAAAUUUUUUAUAAUAUAUGGUUUUGUAUCAUCAGAUAGUAUCCAUUAAUUACUGCUUAAAUUUAACGAAAGACGGUGCGAAAUUUGAUACCGGCUGCGAGAUCUAAUACUAACAGAUUUUCAAAUAUUUAUGACGAUUGUUUUAAGAUUGGCACGAAAUUGCCCAAGAUUGUUCGAUUUUGAAAUCGACAUUAAUUUCUUCGCUUCACUUGUCAUCUUCCAUAACCUAGUUACUUUUGUCAGUUUAUCAAUUGCUUUUUCUCUAUAUGGAAGUGCGAUGAUAACGUUACAAGUGGCCAUUGUAUAGAGCCAAUUUUUUUUUUGUACAGUUGGUUUAUAUGUAUAUGUAUAGUGCAAUUUUUGUUUUAUUUUCUAGAUUUAUUUAUAUUAAAGCUGAAAAGAUACAUGCAUAUAUAUAUAUUAUGAUCGGGAUUCUUUUAGAAUGGACUGACAUUAUAUUUAUUUAAAAAAUGGUGACUCAUUUAGAGACACUUCAUAAAAGAAACAAUCAACUCUUUUCGGGUUAUCUUCUUAUCGGAGGAAAGAAGCAUUUUUGUCUUUAAGUUUUUGAAGACUUACUAUUUUUAUCUUAUCAAGGGCGGAUCUAGAAUUCAUUUUUUGGGGGAGUGGGGCGGCGGCGACAAGGGAAAUGUUUGGAUUUGUGAUUAUGUGUUAGUGAAAAAUCAUUUUAUUGAAAAUGCGAAUAUAAACAGCAUUUUUAGACAUUAAAAUCGAUAUUUGUCAAUUUUAGGAAAUCCAACAAACUCUUUUUCUACAGGCUCAUUUCAAAAAACUCUAGGAAUUUAAUAAAAAUAGCAAGCAUUUCAACCUACCAUAAUUCUUGUCCAAAAACAAAAUGUUGUAAAAUGCUCUCAUAGCCAUUAACUUCUACAAAUGGUUUGAAACACUACACCUCAAAAGCGGCAGCUCCAUUCGAACCUGUGUACUUGUGAGAUCGUUUGAUUGCUUAGUAGGUGCGUUUUCCAUCUUAGCUGAUUAAUACAAGGUCGCACGUGAAAAUGAGCACUCCCUGGUGAUGAAGCCGUGUCGGAAAGCGCGCCAAAUUUAAAUAUUAAUUUUUCUUUGGUUUUACUUGAUCGCCCAGUUGAUGGUUAUCGACCAGCAUCAUAGUUUUUGUAUUCCCUGUCGAUUAAUCACGUAAAUAUCACACCGUAAACAAAUAUCUCAUUCAUGGAAAUUUGUCAUGGAUUGUAUUUUCGGUUAGGUUACUGUCGAGUUUUCUAUAAACCAUCUGAUUCAAAGUAUUUAUAGGUUAUGUUUAUUACUACAAAUUACAUUGAAACUUUCGAUCAUCACACUGAUAAGUUGACAAUCAAUGACAGUUAAAACAAGUUUUUGCCGUUUAAAGUCGGGCUGACCAAUCAUAAAAGGGUUGGCUGGUCACAAGUAGCAAUUGGUGAUAUCACUCCAAUAACGUUCCGUUUCAACAUUUUAAAUUUAGCGCGCAUUUUUGAUAUUUUCUAUUAAUUAAUACUUGCAAGUAGCGCUCAAGUAUAAAGUAAGGUAGAAGGCAUCAUUCUGUAACAAUAUAGACUGUACAUAAAAAUAAUUGAGCGAUAUUUGAAUUCCAUGCACCUUCUCUAUUAACAUUAACCAGUUAAAUAUUUUUUAAAGCGCCAGAGUAAAAAAUACCUAUACGUAUAUUUUUUCUUUUUCGAUGGUCUUUGAAUGGCAGGACUUUCCCCAGUGAUUUUUAAAAAACGAAUUUUAUGGACGCUUCUUUCGUUUGAUAACGAUGAUAACCCGACAUAGUUGAUCCUUUAUAUUAUCUUUUUUUUAAAAGUGCCUCUAACUGGACCACCCAUUACUUGUUCCAGUAGAUUGACUGGGCGAGAUGAGCUGUGAUUUUGUAUUUUUUCAGUCAUAUAUGUAUAGUCGUAUGUAAGGAUAUGAAAGGUCGUCUAUGGGUUUUACUCAGUUUCUCUGCUGGAAUCACAUGCGUAUUUGUUUCUAUUUUUGAUGAAGACAUAGCCUUCAAGGAACGUUUAGACAGAUGUCUGGUGUGCAUUUAUCAACUUGGCUCAUCCAUGCCGAUUGAUGAUGAAUCUUUCACAGAUUGGAUUUUACACAACAUAAUCCAGGUACUUCAAUCAUUUGGUGCUAAACAUGGAAAUUUACAGAAAAUUUUAAAGCUGACAUUUCUGUACACCAUAACAAGAAACUGGAAAUUUCGGAAUUAGCUGUCAAAGAUUUCCGGGAUCAAGUUAAAAAUAGGCUGUUGUGGUGUUUAUUUCAAAUGCAAGUAACAUGUUUGACCUGUUUAGUUUAUUUUAUGUAAAAAAAGGAAUUUCCUACAACAUUUCCGACAAAACCUGUUUUUGAGUGCUGAUUUUUUAAUGUGACACUUGAAACGCAACAGAAAACUUGAAAAGAGUUUGUAAAACCUACAGAAAUAUUAUCUUCGGAAUUUUUAACUAAUUAACUUUUGAAAAAUUCUCACGUUGGAGAUCCCAAUGAUUGACCUAAACUAAUGAGAGCUUAAAUGUGUUUCCAAAUCACAAAAACGUUGACGGUUUAAUCCCAAAUUCCAAACUUCAACAAAUAUUUUGUACUCUCUAAGAUUUUCCCUGGAUUAUUUUUUCUAACAGCAACUCUUAUAAACAAGGGGCGUCCAAUUUUUGGUGCCUAUCAUUAUAGCGUAAUUUGAUUAAUUGGUCAUCCAUGGGAAUUUACUAUGAGAAUGGUUUUGAAGUGGAUAGCAGAUUUAUUCACGAAAAUUUAGGGUUGUUGGAAUUUAAUUUCAUAUUUUUUGAGACAGUAGCUUCAGAGAAGCAGCACUUUUUCAAAGUUGUUUAUGCUACAGAAAAUUUCGUACUCACUGACGGGGGAAUGACUUUUAAAACUAUGUAAUAUCAAUACUCAUAAGGAAUGAUAGAAAUUCUAGUUUUCAGAUAAAUCGUAACAUUUUGUCUAGAUUAUUUAUUCUAAUGCUGCUACUGUUAUUUUUUUAAAUUGGUUGGAGAUUCAAUUAAAAAGAAAUGUGAAGAGUGGAUAAAUGACCAUAUACCAGACAAAUUUGCUUCUGGAACACGUUAACAAAUCGUGCCUUUUCAGAUUGUCCACAGGGAUAUACUGAAAAAUAUUUCAAUAUAUUUUUUUAUCUUGGUGUAUUCUUAAAAAACCGUAAACCAAAUUUUUAACUUUAUAGUUGUUUCUGUGUUGUAGAAUUUGUAAAAACACACGGAACCCAAAGGAAGACGCAUCCAUUUUUUCAUCAGAAUGUUUCAACUCAAAGACGCAGAGAAACAUAUUCUAACAGUUCUGUUUGUGGUGAUCUUUAAAACGCCGACUAGAAUGACAACUAUCAAAUAUACACUGAAAAUACAUGAUCUUGUGAAAAAAGGAUAGCUCUCCCUUGAUUCUGUUUAAAGGUUCAUCUUUGUAUUGCGUUUAGAAUUUGUGGAGGCCAGGGUAGAUUGAACAAGGCACAGCUCUAUAAAUCUGCUUUUGCAGAGUGUCUUACAACCCUCCAUCCAAUUUUGUGUGUAUCAUAGCCUAAUCGUUUCUAGAGGAGUUCUCUUAGAGAACUGGAUGAAUCCAUUUUUCUGCAUUCUGUCACUUCUAUAUGUUUAAUCUUUGAAAAGUACUUAUUUCUAUAUCUACACACUUGUACAAAUUGAUUGACGCCUAUUAUAUCAGGGAAAAUUGAAGCAAUUGGCAACACCGCAAAUUGUGGGGUAGAUGAUCAAGGCUUUCAAAGAUUGAACUUGUAGAAGUGUUAGUAUGCAUAAUUUUUGCCCUUUGCCUUGCUUUUUAUACACUCACUAAGUUCAUGUCAAUAGUGACAAUAAAAUACAUUAUCUUCAGGAAGUGAUAGAUCAGAUAAUAACAAUACAUGUUCACUAAAAAAAAAGAAACAAUUAUACAUCCAUUCUCUUAUCAUUCACUUUCGUUCCAAUUCCAAAGAAGUGAGUCAUUUAAAAAACUGUUGAUUUCUUUUUUGUGCCUGUGUCAUCAUAUAUUUUUUCCAAAAAGUGUAUGUAGUCGUAAUGCCCUUCAAUAAGGAUCAUACGAGAAUAAAGGGCUUUGCGUUCAUAGAGACCUAUUUCAUGGUCAAACAGUUAUGAUGGACCACUUUUGAGAGCCAAGUGAUGGAGAAUGACCAGAAAGUUCGAAUUCAUCUCAUUUCACGUUAAGUGAGCAUCAGUAUAAUUAGCAAAACAAAGUUGAUAGCUGAAACCAAAUAUUGUAUGGACACCUAUUAUGAGGUUUAAACAGGUUAACUGAUAUGAAUCAGUUUUAUUUUCUUACAUUGGAAACCACGUUUGAUGGUGUAACUAUUUUUUAGUCAGGAAAAUAUCGACGUUUUCGAUCAGCGACUACCUAUUUGAUUGGAAGAGAUUCCAAUUUGUAAAAAGUAUGCGGAAAGCAUUUAGUUAAGGUUAGCUUUUAGCUAGUAGAUUAGUAAAUUAGCUAUAGGGAUAGGAUAGUUAGGAUUAAGUCAAAGUAAGUAGAUUAGUCAUAAAGGGUAAGAUUAAAUUAAAUCAGUUUUUUGGCUGAAUCAUUUGUAUGGUUUUUAGUUAGUGUUUAUACAUAGAUAUUUAUAAUGCUGAGGGAUUAGUCAUAUUUCACGGCAAUAUCCACUUUUUUUGAUUUCCCACUGAGACAUGGCCAACCCUCAGACAGUGUUUUUAGUCAAGAAGGUGCGUGCCUACUUAUGUUUCAGCCGAUAAUGAAUACAAAAAACUGACAAAAAAAGAUUAGCAUAACUGAAUGUUUUUUAUUGUUAUAAGUUUAAAGUGUAUGUUUUUUGUUUUCCCUUUUUUCUAUUGUAAGUCUUUUGUGUUGGUAAAUAUAAAAAUUCAAAAUGCAA